AUGUCGUCGGACGAUGAUAGUGAUUUCUCUCGUAAAGGUGUCCUGGUGCCGACGGUGAGACCUCGCCACUGGCAAUCAUAUCAGAAAUGGAAUUAUGUUAAUUGCAACUACUAUGAAUUUGAUAAAAGAAACAUUAAAAUUAAUUAUAUACUAAUAUCGAGUCAAAUUCAAGAAGCAUGGUCCUGUCGAGUCCGAACCGGUAUAAACCUGCGGGCCACAGCCCUUCAGCCCAUAAUACCCUGGCCGGGCCGGACCGGGCAGUGUCAUGCAACGGGCAGCCCAGCCCGCUCUAAUUGCCAUGCCCCGGUACAUGCGGGUCGCCGAUGGCAAUCUCGUAAAUAUCCGGUCACUCCCAACUCAAUCUCUUACGGGGUUUGGGCUUCGCCCUUCUUCUCUGCCGCGCCUUAUCUCCAACCUCAGAAGCCUCCAACGGCGGUCGCUCAUCGUCUCCGCUCGACGUCGCCCGCACCUCGUAUCGUCCUUUAUCUCUCAUCAUCUCAAUCGUUUGAUUCCCGUACGCCCUCCUUCCACAGGAAAACCCCUCGGCCGGCACCGCUGGCGUGCCGCUGCUCCAAGAAGAAAGAAGCCAACUUCGCCGAUCAACUCCUCGACUACAUAGAAGGCGGGCCUAAGUUGAGGAAGUGGUAUGGAGCGCCUGAUUUGCCUCCUAAGGAUGGUGAUCUGGAGGAUGAGGAUGAGGAUGAAUCUUCAGAGAUCGAAGAAACACGCGAUGCUGUGCUGGUCACUGAUGGUGAAAGCGAAAUUGGUCAGUUCGCUAGUUCUUUCAUACCUUUCUCACAAAGACUCUCAGAGGUGUUUGUGCGAUCAUUUGUGCAUCAGAUACUCUCUUAUCUUGCAGGAUGGUUUUUUUUUUCUGAUGUAGCUCGAACAAAAGGUGUAAACCACAUUGUUCUUCUAUCUCAGUUGGCGUAUUACAAAGGAAGCGGCGGAUUUCAAGCAAUUAUGAAUAGCAAAGCCAGAGAGCUGGCGGAUAGAGAUGAAAAGGUUGUGAUAACGGCUGGUGUUCCAUACACAAUAAUAAGAACUGGCUUGCUGCAGAGUGUUCCUAGCGGCGAUCACGCUUUCAGCUUCAGCAAGGGUGAUGCAGCAAAGGGAAAUCUGAGUAAAGAGGAUGCAGCAGUUAUUUGUGUGGAGGCACUCGAGUCACCACCAGAGGAAGGUCUAAUAUUUCAAGUGGCAAAUGGGGAAGAAAAGGUUACAGACUGGAAGGUGAAAUUUGCUGCCCUUAUUGAAGGCACUGGAGUAUCACAAUGAUGCUCACUUCUUAUUGAUGGUUUCGUUAGAAUGAAAUUUGAGAUAUAGAUGGCAUUUAGAAGACGAACAACGUGAUGAUCACAACAACGUAAUUGAAUGAUUCUUUACGCCGGUCUGUUCCUCUUGUGGCCGCGCUUUCCAUCAGAGUCUGCGUCCUUGGAGUAGGCAAAUGGGACGGAGAGAUUGCCGUAGAGAUCGACUAUGCGGCGGAUGUUGUCGUUGAGCUCUCGGAUGAGGCCGACGUUGCGGCUGAGGUUGUCGGGGAUUCUGGACUCGUGGUUCUGGUUGAUCUCGUUGAUCAGGAGCCUGUUCUGGUCCAGAAUGCUCUGCACCUGGAGGAAGUUCCUUUGCAAGGCCCCCAAGAGUUUGCCCUCGAUUUGACUUCCAUUGCCGAUGACCAAGGGUUUACUAGGGGAGGAGAAAUAGUUGCCAUGGAAGCUUCAUUUCAGAAAGGCAACGCAAGCGAGGCGAUCAUGACACCCAAAUGCUCGCCGCCGCUAUCUUGAAGUCUCAUUUAACAAAUUCUUCUUUUGAACAAUCAAGACGAUAAUCAAAUAAGGAAAACCGAAACAAAGAAAAAAACAGCCAUCAGAGUGCACGAACGGAAGAGAAAAUAAAACCAGGGAACCAAAUCGUACCAUAUUCACCAUGGCCCAAAAGAAAGCUCGGUAAAAUAGAUCUAUGAUGCAACCCAAACGCAUGAAAAAAGAGAUCUUAAAGGUGGGAUCUUUUUCGUGGCAGAUUGUCAUGAAACAUACCUCAGAGAUGUGAAGGGCAGCGGCGAGAGGAACGAGACGAUGAAGGAGCGAAAACCUCGAUGAUAUCGGCAAUUUAGUCGAAUCUGGAGAGGAAUGCGGCAAAUGAGAGAG